AUGGAAGACGAGAGGCGUUUGGAAAAGGAAUACAGUACGGCUUUGAUGAGGAAGCAUAUGGCGAGGCAGGAGGCGGAGAUGAAUCUGCUGAGGAUGAAGAAAUAG